AUGAACACCAUUCGCAAGGUGCAAGUGCUCAUUGCCUUUUGCGUCUGGCCACUGGCCCUAGUCGCCAUCUUCAAGUCUCACAAAUCCCCUGAGACCGUCUUCCAGAUUGUCCUUAUCUCCCUCUCCGGCCUCGCUGCUCUCGGCAUUCUCUACUUGCGACGAAUCUCUCGAAAGCCACAGGCCGCUCACCUCCCCAUGGAAAUCCUCAUCGACACCGCGAUGGGCACGCUUUUGAUCGGAACCUACAUCGGAGGCAUGAAUAUUCUGGCCAAGCACGAAAUUAGAGAAUGGGGCUAUACCUACAAGCUGGCUCGGGGUAUUCCACAGAUCUACUCCAACUUGGCCUGUCUGGUGCUUGGUCUUCUUCACUUCCACAACAUUGCCAAGGCUUCCUUCUUCCGCUACGUCCUCCCCAGCAUCAAGAAUCACAUCGGGGCGACUUAUUUCACGUGCCCGUCAUGCGCGCGCUCCGCCCAAGUCAACCCGGUCGGAGAUCUCAACUGGAGAGACAGCCAUGAUCAACAACGCACAACCUUCACACAAGACCUACGCGGUGUAUACUCGGACAGCGAACCGGAGUAUGGUCCCUUGCUCCGCGAAGACCGUCGGAGCGAAGAAGACCACAAAUACGAAGCCGGUGUUCCCAGCGUCCAUGAUCGCUUCUCGCAUGAAGUAUAA